CCUCCGCUUCCGUCUCGAGGUUGCUAGGCUACCGGGACCCUAGCAGAAAGCUGUGGCGGGCUAGCGCCAGGAGCGUGUUCUCUGAGCGCUGCGAGGCUCGGCAGCCGUCCCUGCUGUGCGGUGGCCUCCCGCCUCGCUUAGGUUUCUCUGCUGCCGCAGGCGUCGCGCACACCCCUGUUGCCCCAGACGGGCCGGGGAGCGGAGGCGGUCGCACCCUUCCUUCUGCCCUCCCAGGAAAUCUCUACACCUCCUCUCCGACUCUUCAGGGAAACCCCCUCACCACCUUCCCCGGCACCAGGAAGCCCUGAAACCCUGAAUUCCAUUUUCAGGGCCCGCUCUCCGGGCCCGUGACCUUUCUUUUUUUAUCUACUCCGAGGUAACUCGGUCGGAUCCCUCCAUCCCCAUUUCUUUCACGUUCCUUUUCGCGUCCUGGUCGGGGUAUCUCCCUCCUCCGAGAGGGAAGCAUGGGAGCAGCAAGCGUCCGGGCGCCUCGGGAGGUGCAGACUGGAAGACAAGCCCCCCUCCCUCAUUCCUCAGCUUCUGUGUAAUCAGCUGCCCUUCUGGAAACUGGGCAGGGGUUGUGGCUGGAUGCCGGUGUCCCUGACUUGUCUUCAGCAUACCGUGCAGAAGUAACAUGUUCUCAACAUUGGAAACAGAGCUAAAGCAGGAGACUCUUCCUGAUCCCUAUGAAGACUUUAUGUACCAUCAUCUUCAAUACUAUGGCUAUUUUAAAGCUCAGAGAGGCAGUUUACCAAACUCAGCCACGCACCAGCAUGUUUGGAAGAAUAAUCCUCGCUACCUGGUGAGUGGCUCUUUUGGGGAAAGAGAGGAUGUGAUACCAGACCCGCUGCAAAAGGAGAAGCUACUAUGGCCCACCUGUCUACCUUCCACUGUGCACAGACAGAUAGAGGCUGUGAGCAGAGAUUCCCUCAUGCUUGGUUCACCACUUAAGAGCAGACAACUUCUUCAUGAUGAAUUUGGAGAAGUAAAGCCAUGUCUUCGAGAACCACGAGAUCUCUUUGCCUUCUUCUCCAGCAGCGGGCCACUGCAGGCUCCAAGGUGGCCAAUAGAAUGUGAGGUCAUCAAGGAAAGCCUUUGUCAUAUCGAGUGGGUUCCACCUCAACCAGAAUAUUUCUAUCAACCUACAGGAAAUGAAAAAUUACCAGAAAUUGUAGGAGAAGAAAAAGGCACAGUUGUCUAUCAAUUAGAUUCAGUGCCCACUGAAGGUUCCUAUUUCACCAGUGCCAGAGUGGGAGGCAAGCGAGGGAUUAUCAGGGAGCUUGCCAUCACACUGCAGGGACCCGAGGAUAAUACUCUCCUGUUUGAGUCAAGGUUUGAGAGCGGAAAUCUGCAAAAAGCCAUCAGAGUAGAUACCUAUGAGUAUGAACUCACCUUGCGAACUGACCUCUACACAAACAAACACACUCAGUGGUUUUAUUUUCGGGUUCAAAACACUAGAAAAGAUGUGACCUACCGCUUCACCAUUGUCAACUUGCUAAAACCCAAGAGCCUUUAUACUAUAGGGAUGAAGCCACUCAUGUACUCCCAACUGGAUGCCGACACCCACAACAUUGGCUGGAGGAGAGAAGGAAAGGAAAUCAGGUACUUCAAGAACAACACGGAGGAUGGGCAGCAGCCCUUUUACUGUCUUACGUGGACCAUCCAGUUUCCGCAUGACCAGGACACAUGCUUCUUUGCUCACUUCUACCCAUAUACGUACACUGACUUGCAGUGCUACCUGCUGUCUGUGGCUAAUAACCCGGUCCAGUCUCAGUUCUGCAAACUCCGAACGUUAUGCAGGAGCCUAGCAGGAAAUACCGUCUACCUGCUCACCAUCACCAACCCAUCCCGGACCCCGCAAGAGGCGGCUGCAAAGAAAGCUGUGGUCUUGAGCGCCCGAGUCCACCCUGGAGAAAGUAAUGGCUCGUGGAUCAUGAAGGGCUUUUUGGACUUCAUCCUUAGCAACUCCCCAGAUGCCCAGCUCCUCAGAGAUAUCUUUAUCUUCAAAGUGGUUCCUAUGCUAAAUCCAGAUGGAGUGAUUGUGGGGAAUUACCGGUGUUCUCUGGCAGGAAGGGACUUAAACAGGCAUUAUAAAACCAUUCUGAAGGAGUCCUUCCCUUGCAUCUGGUACACCAGGAACAUGAUCAAAAGACUUCUGGAAGAAAGGGAGGUUCUCUUGUAUUGUGAUUUCCAUGGUCACAGCCGCAAGAAUAAUAUCUUCUUGUACGGCUGUAAUAGCAACGAUCGCAAGUACUGGCUUCAUGAGCGCGUCUUUCCUUUAAUGCUAAGCAAAAAUGCACCAGAUAAGUUCUCUUUUCAGAGUUGUAACUUUAAGGUGCAGAAGUGCAAGGAAGGCACAGGCCGAGUCGUGAUGUGGCGCAUGGGCAUCCUCAACAGCUACACCAUGGAGUCCACUUUUGGGGGGUCCACCCUGGGCAAUAAAAGAGAUACUCACUUUACCACUGAGGAUCUAAAGUCUCUAGGUUACCAUGUUUGUGACACCCUUCUGGAUUUCUGUGAUCCUGACCGAACCAAGUUCAUGCAGUGUUUGGCAGAGCUUAAAGAGCUCUUACAACAGGAGAUCCAUAAGAAAUUCAAUGAACUUGGACAAGAUAUGGAUUUAGAAGGAAGUUGGAGUGACAUCUCUCUGUCUGACAUUGAAUCCAGCACCAGUGGUUCUGACAGUUCCCUCUCGGACGGUCUCCCUGUUCACCUACUGAACAUAGCACAUGAGGUGAAUCAAAAAAAGAAGAUGUAUAAGAAGAAAAAAAAGAAGCCACUUCAGACGAGGAAACAGCGAAAUGAACAGUAUCAGAAAAAUAAUUUGAUGAGGGAGUUAAAGUUAACAGAAGAUAUCCCGGAAAGGGCAGGGUUUGCUUCUACUCUGCAAAAGCAGCCUACCUUUUUCAGAAACUCAGAGAAUGCCAAUUCUUCCACGAUGCGAAAUGAAAAACCAAGGUUGAAUGAGCUACAUGGGAAAGACAAAGGCAGCUCCCUGGACCCAUUGAAAAUGACCUCCUUGAUUCUGACGAAGAAUAAAGAGAGAAUGCAGGAGAUGUUAACAAGAACCCAGAGUGCCGCCGUCCAUCAUGAGGUGUUCCUCACGCCCACAGUUACCAGAGAGCGUUCUGUACUGAGACAGAGAAGCCAGGAUUCACAGUGUCGUGCUCUCCAAAGAGAAGCACAAAUCCCAGCCAAGAGCCGGUUCCAGAUAUGCAGCCAAGCUGGUCCAGGAACACAUAUCCUGCCACAAAGAGGGGCUGCGCUGCCAUGACAGUGUACCCAUCCUUGCACAUAUACACAUACCCAUAGGCUGCCACAUUUUGGGUGAGACACGUUCUGUAAUGAGGGGAGUUGUACGACUGGGAGCUACGUUCACUUGCAGUAUACUGUGUGGCGUGUUCAUUGUGCACUGACCUUACACUGUGUGCUUGCGUUGCAUGCGUGCCCUCCUGAUACAUACCUCAUGCAUUAGAUUACUUUUCUCAUAAAGUAAAAUUUUAUUAUGAUGUUGAGAAAAGCUUCCUUUGUCAGAAAUUGAAGUGUGUGCUCAUGAACCUACAGCCCAGAUAUACCUCACUUUAACCAAUAGACAUUCUCUCUAAAAUUAUGCGCAAAUCAAUUUUAAGAGCUCAGAUUCUAUUUUAAACAUAUUCUGGGAGUGUGCUUUGUUAAAAAAAAAAAGUGUUGCAUCAAAGCUUUCUAGCACCGAAUGGUCAGUUAGUGAUUUAUCAGGUUUGCUCCUGCUGAGGUGUUACCACACAGAGAAAACAAUUCAUGUAUUAGCCUGAGUUUAGUAUGACUUAUAUUAUGUUCAACACAGUUACGUACAUUUCUUAGCCCACUGAUUAAAAUUCUUUCUCUC